CUGGUGGACCACGACGUGGUGGAGCUGAAUAACCUGCACAGGCAGGUGUUGCACCGGGAGAGCCGCCUGGGCCGCUCCAAAGCGCACUCGGCGGCCGCCGCGCUGAAAGAGCUGAAUUCCGCCGGGCGGUACGUGCCUUACGAGCUGGUGCUGAGCCCCACCACCGCCCUGGAGCUGGUCCGGGCCUACGACAUCGUCGCCGACUGCUCCGACAACGUGCCCACCCGCUAUCUGGUCAACGACGCCUGCGUGCUAGCUGGCAAGCCCUUGGUGUCCGCCAGCGCCCUGCGCUUGGAGGGGCAGCUGACGGUGUACAACUUCCAGGGGGGGCCCUGCUAUCGCUGCCUCUUCCCUAAGCCCCCUCCCCCUGAGACGGUCACCAACUGCGCCGAUGGUGGGGUCUUGGGGGUUGUGCCUGGCAUCCUGGGCUCCCUCCAGGCCCUGGAGGUGCUCAAGAUUGCUUCGGGGAUGGGAUCCUCCGUCAGUCGGUCGAUGCUGCUCUUCGAUGCCCUUGAAGGACGGUUUCGCCACAUCAAGCUAAGGCCCAGGGAUCCCAAGUGCGCUGUGUGUGGGGACCGGCCCUCCCUGACGACCCUGCAGGAUUAUGAAAUUUUCUGUGGGUCUUCAGCAACUGAUAAGUGUCGGAGAUUGUGCUUAUUGUCUAGCGAAGAGAGGAUAUCGGUAGAAGAAUACAGAAAGAUUCUAGACAGCCAGAUCGCUCACGUAUUGGUUGAUGUCCGUCCACUAGUGGAAGUGGAGAUCUGCUGCUUGCCAAAAUCCCUCCAUGUGCCUUUAAAUAAACUAGAAAGAAAAGACGAAAAAUGUUUAAAGUCUUUGUACCAGAAGAUACAUGAAGAGAAGCAGAAGGCUGGUGGCAGUAUGGUUUUUCCAGUUUAUGUUGUCUGUAAAUUAGGAAACGACUCUCAAAAAGCUGUGAGAAUAUUACAGGAACUGCCUUAUGAUGAGCUAGGCUUAAUUUCGAUUAAGGAUAUCAAAGGAGGACUCAUGGCAUGGGCUGACAAAAUUGACCAAGAAUUUCCUCAGUAUUAAUGUUUUCUAAUAGCAAUAAUUUGUUGUAGUUUUAAAGAUAAUUAAUUCAUUGAUUUGCUUGGUCUUUAAGAAAGGAAUUCAUUGCUACAACAAGGUAACAUGUUUGUAUCUUCAUUUAACUGUCUGUAGAAGUCUCCCUUUAAAGCGCUCAUUUUAAAGCUUUAAAUCAGGGUUUUUCAAAGUGUUCCACAGAACCCUAUGGUUCCAUGAAAACUUGAGAGACUAAGAGGGGAAAAAAAGUUGAUUUGAAUACAGCCAGGUGCAUCUAUUAUAGCCACUAUUUUGGUGAAUGAAGUUCCAGGUUUUUUUAAAAAACAGGUUCUAUGGCCUGAAAAACUUUGAAAACUUCUGCUUUAAACAAAAAGUCACCCAAAGCAACUUACAUAUGGGGGGUGGGAGAGAAAAUUACUCCCCCCCCCCAAUGUAAAAGGGAUAAAACAGGGAGGAAAAGGGAGGCAGAUGGAAGAGGAAAAAAGUUGUGGACUUCAAGUUCUUAAAUAAUGACUAGGUGAAUGCAAUGCGUACAAAAGAGAAGGCUGAUGGAAUGACCCGGUUUCAUAUUUCAUUUCCUUCCUCUAGUUUGUCCAGUAAUUAUUCUUACUUCAUGCUACAACAAAACCAUACAAAGGAUAUGUUGGUAUAUACGCACUGUCAAAUAUUCCCAGGACCAGGACCAAAUACUGCUGAUUUAGUUUAAUCCUUCCCAGAGGUCCCAUUGAAUCCAAAGGUAGUAUUCUCUCUGUCUUUUAGUAUUUGUCACUUUACAUUAUAAAAAUGAUGCCCUAAUUUUUUUUAGAACAUUAAGUUAUGUUCCUUGAGGACUUAUUUUGCCAGAUAAACAUCUUUGUAAAGAAA